GGGAAAUAUAGGGUAUAUCGUGAUAUCAUUCAUUUGAUUGGUUUGAUUGUUUGGAACAGAGAGAUUUGUAAUUAUUUGAAUAUGUAUAUAAAUUAUAGAAGCAUCUGAUCACACUGCGGCCUGUGCUACGUGGCGACACACGAUUGGGCACCUCACGUGGACCGUCUUCUACGGUGCCCUGUGAGGUGGAGGUCCGGCACGGGUCAGAACACUCUGGCGACUAACACGUACGCUCAUCGCCGGGCACGGACAGAACCUAUAUAACUCCUGGGCCUGCCGUCGGAGGAUCGAUCAGCAACAGCAAAGGCACAGCUCGCAAGUGACAAGACGAACUGAACAUCCAUCCGAUCGAGACAAAGGUCAUCCAGCGAUGCCGCCGAAGCCCAGUAUUCUGGCUCUCGUUCUGGUCUCUCUUCUUUGCUCGGGGUACCUGUGCGGGGCGGCUGAUGGCGCGGAGGCGUGGAAGAGGAGGAAGGCGGCGUCGAGUCCGGUGAUCGGCAUCAACCUGGGCACCACGUACUCGUGCGUCGGGGUGUACCGGAACGGGCACGUGGACAUCGUCGCCAACGACCAGGGCAACCGGAUCACGCCGUCCUGGGUGGCGUUCACCGACGACGAGCGCCUCGUCGGCGAGGCCGCCAAGAACCAGGCGCCGCUCAACCCGCAGCGCACCAUCUUCGAUAUCAAGCGCCUCAUCGGCCGGAGGUUCGACGACGAGGAGGUGCAGCGGGACGUCAGGUACCUACCGUACAAGGUGGUGAACAAGGGCGGCAAGCCGUACGUGGAGGUGCCGAUGAAGGGCGGCGAGCGGAGGGCGUUCAGCCCCGAGGAGAUCAGCGCCAUGAUCCUGUCCAAGAUGCGGGAGACGGCCGAGUCCUACCUCGGCCAGCGCGUCGCCGACGCCGUCUUCACCGUGCCGGCCCACUUCAACGACGCGCAGCGGCUGGCAACCAAGGAAGCCGGCACCAUCGCGGGGCUCAACGUGCUGCGGAUCAUCAACGAGCCCAUGGCCGCGGCGAUCGCGUACGGGCUGGACAGGGAGGGCGCGGAGGUGAACGUGCUCGUGUACGACCUCGGCGGCAGCACCUUCGACGUCACCGUGCUCAGCAUCGACGGCGGCGUCUUCGAGGUGCUGGCCACCAGCGGCGACACGCACCUCGGCGGCGAGGACUUCGACCAGCGCGUCAUGGACCAUUUCAUCCGCCUCAUCAGGCGGAAGCACGGCAGGGACAUCAGCAAGGACGGCCGCGCGCUGGGCAAGCUGCGGCGCGAGUGCGAGCGUGCCCAGGACGCGCUCAGAAGCCAGCACCAGGUGCGCGUCGAGGUCGAGUCCCUAUUCGACGGCGUCGACUUCGCGGAGCAGCUGACCAGGGCCAAGUUCGAGGAGCUCAACGUGGACCUGUUCAGGAAGACGCUGGGCCCCGUCAACAAGGCCAUCGGCGACGCCAAGCUCAAUAAGUCUGACAUCGACGAGAUUCUGCUCGUCGGCGGCAGCACCAGGAUCCCCAAGGUGCAGGAGCUCCUUAGGGAGAUGUUCGACGGCAAGGAGCCUAGCAAGGGCAUCAACCCCGACGAGGCCGUGGCCUACGGAGCCGCCGUCCAGGGCAGCAUCUUCAGCGACGAGAGAGGCGCCGAGACCGAAGACACCCUGUUCGACUUCGACAUGGGACGGACACGGAUGACGCUGGGGGUCGAGACGGCUGGCGGCGUGAUGACGAAGCUGAUCCCGCGGAACACGUUGAUCCCAGUGAAGAAGUCGCAGGUGUUCACGACCUCCGAGGACCACCAGACGACUGUCUCGAUCAAGGUGUUCGAGAGCGAGCGCAGCCUGACCAAGGACUGCCGCGAGCUGGGGCGGUUCAACCUGACGGGCAUCCCGCCCGCACCCCGCGGCGUGCCGCAGAUUGAGGUGACCUUCGAGUUGGACGAGAACCACAUCCUCCACGUGACGGCGGCGGACAAGGCGGGCGGGCGGUCCAGGUCGAUCGCCAUCACCAACGACAUGGGGCGGCUCAGCAACAGCCAGGAGGAGAUCGACCGGAUGGUGCGCGAGGCCGAGGGGUUCGCGGAGGAUAACCGCCGCGUCCGGGAGCUCGUCGACGAGCGGAACUGUUGGCUACGCCUAUUCUAAGAACAAGGAUUCAGGGAAGAAGAAACAGGAGGAAGUAGGCCAUAGCAGUUUUCUGAUUUCUUGAUGCCGAGCACAGCGUCUGUCUUCCCUUUUACCAAACACAAAGUAGCCCAUACUGCAUUACAUGUACGUUACGCUUACGAAUACCUUUCCCGCGCACUUGAUCAACGAUGUCUUCUUCAGUU